CGCUGUGAGGGCUGGGGGGCACCGUGAGGGUCCUGAGGGGAUGGGGCCGCCUCGCUGAGGGUCCGCGAUGGAGGCACCGCGUGGUGCCCGGCGGGCUCGGCCCCGGUGAGCUCCUGCCCCGAGGUGUGUGUCCAGCGCUGGAAGGCCGGGGAGCGGAGCGCUGGUCUGGCCUGCCCUCCCCAGCCCUGGGAUGGAUGCAGGAAGGGUGAUCAGACACUGGAAGGGGCUGCCCGGGAGGUGGCGGAGUCCCCAUGCCUGCAGAACGACUGGAGGCGGCACUGAGUGCCAUGGUGUGGUUGGCAAGGUGAGGUGCAGGCUGACAGGACACGAGCUGCCCUGUCGCCUGUCGGAGCUGCAGGCUUACACCAGCGGCAAGAAGUACCAGCGGCUCAUAAAGGCAGCCAGAGAGUUCGACUAUGGCACGUUUGAGCCCCACAUUGUGCCCAGCACAAAGAAUUUACAUCAGCUGUUCUGCAAGCUCACCCUCAGACACAUCAACAAGCUUCCAGAGCACGUCCUGCGUCACGUCCAAGGGAAGCGCUACCAGAAGGCCCUGAAAACGUAUGAGGAAUGCCAGAGGGAAGGAGUGGAGUAUGUCCCUGCCUGCCUGAGACAGAAGAAGCAGCGGGCACAGCACCCCGAUGACCAAACAAACGGGAGCAGGCAGGGUCACAGGAAAGAGGAGUUCUGGGAGCCCAAGUCCAGCGAGGAGGAUGGAGAGGAGACAGAUGACAGCAUGAGUGACCUGUACCCACCUGCACUCUUCCCAGAAAAAAACCCACCAGCUGCAGAGACCACAAAGGGCAGCGAUGGCUUCGUGACAGACAGCGAGGACGACGGGGCCAAGCAGAACGGAGAGCACGGGGCAAGGAGGGACAGCAGCAGAGCAGCUGGCAAGAGAGGAAAGAAACAGACAGGCCCUUUAAAGAAGAAAUUCAAGAGCCAUCAUCGAAAACCCAAAAACUUCAAGAAAGCAACCAAUGGGAAAUAAAUUCUAUGAUAAAUACCUGGC